AUGUCAUUCACGAAUGCGCCCGUGACGCGCAGCCUGGUCUACGGACUCAUUGGCAUGUCCAUAGCCGUCAGCCUGUUGGACAUCAAGCACUACUUCUACAUCCUGGUCGACCUGCAUCUCUGGAAGUACCACCAGUUCUGGCGGUCGCUCAUCUACCAGCUAUGCUACACCAACUCGUCCGAGGUGCUGUUUGCCGCCAUGACCCUGUAUAAUAUGACACCAGUCGAGAGGAUGUGGGGGUCGAGGAAGUACGCUACCUUUAUCUUUGUCACGUACUCCCUGACAAGCGUCAUAUCCCCGAUGCUUCUCGUCGUCCUGAGGCCGCUUACAUUUGGACUCUUCAACUACCUGCCAGCAGGACCGACGCCCAUCAUAUACGCAGUUCUGGCCCAGUACCAUGCCAUCAUACCACACGUCUACAAGUACAGGGUGGCAACCUCGAUAUCCCAGUCGACGAAUGACCAGUUCCAGGGGAUCACCUUCUCGGACAAAACAUAUCGCUAUUUCCUCGCGCUGCAACUGGCCCUUUUCCAGUGGCCAGGAUCUCUGCUUGGUGGGUUGGUUGGUUGGGUGGUAGGUUAUGCUUGGAGAAUGGAAGUCUUACCACGUUCCUUGAUUCGUUGGAGAGUACCGGGAUGGGUCGUGGGUAUCCGGACGCAACGGCGCAGCGAAGAGUUCGAGGGGCUGCGGCGUAGACUCGAGGGCGAGAAUGCGCCCACCGCGGCGGCAACUGGAGUUGAGGGCCAAGCUGAUGGCGAAGGUGGACGGCGACGUACCAUGGGCCAACAGGUCAUGGACCAAUUCAGCGGGGCGUUUUGA